UUUAGAAAAAACAAAAUUGAAAUUUGUUUGCGGUUGCGAGCUGCUCCUUUUCUCGAACUCUAAUAUGUAUACAUUUGUUAUCAUAUUCGAAACUAAAUCUUUUUUGACACUAUAAAUAAAAUAAGAAACCGUUACAGAACUCGAAAGGACACCAAUUUGCCUUCGCCACAAAACAAUGGAACGAAAAGAAAAGCCGAAACAGAAUCAAGGCAUACGUAUAAAUAUGCGGCAAUUUCCCGGUUAGCAUGCGCGGCGAUUUCAAACCAUAUGACUGCGACAAUCAGCAGUUACAAUAAGAACAAUAACGAAUAGCAAAAACAGCAGUUGAAGGCAAUGCCAAGCGCCAUCAUUGGAAGGAAUAGCAACAAUUGCUUUGGCUAUUCAUUCCAGUUAUAUGUACGUGCACACCUUCGCACGUACAUGCAUUAACCACUCCUUUCGCGUUAGCUGUGGCGGUGGGAGGAGAAGGGUGAGUGGCUUUUGAGUUCAUUCUGAGGUAAAUCGUAAGAGACGAUUCAAACUUCCAGCCAUGCAAUGAUGGUCGAGAUUGCUAAAAGUCAACUUGACAAAGGGACCAGUCGUGUUCGUACCGUCGUCGAGUCGUGUUGUUUAUCGUGAAUUAUCGGACGCGUCGUUGCGAAGCGAAAAUCCAACAACAAAUAGUAGAAGAGUAAAAGAAUUUUAAACUUGGCAGAAGAAAUUUUCAUUUCAAAACCUACAAUUUUUAAACAAAUGGCUUAAAAAUAUCGAAAAGAAUUGCAAAUUGAUGGAAAUUGAACCAAACACGUACGAAAAUCAAUGAUUUUGUGCAAAAAUUGGUGAAAAAUACGUUUUGCCUUCACUUGCUAUCCACGUCCCAAAAGAAGACCCAGUUGAACCCACACACAAUUGCACCCAACUUCAAAUAUAAAUACUCGAAGGACAUACAUACAUAAAUUUGGCAUUUGUUUGUAUGUAUGCUAAUUGAAAGCGAAAAUUGCAAACAUACACAUCUUAGUGACUUAAUUUAAUCGCACUUUUGUUGUUGUAAUUGUUAUGCAGCCACGUGCGUACACGUUUUCAAACAGAAAAACAUUAUCUUCGCCGUUGGCUAUACAACUUGGUUAACAAGAGUUCUACAACUGCCACACAAUAAGCGAAUUGGUGAGAGGAAGAAAAAAAAAAUUAAAAAGAAAAACGCAACGCAUGUUUUCUCUGUCUCUACAUACAUAUAUUCAUACUUAACAAUACAAUACGCAAUAAAACAAACACUUUGUAGUCCACUUUUUAGACCAGGAAGACACACACUUGUUUCUCAAGUUACGCGUAAAAUAAUCGCAUCGCGAAAAACGUAAUAAAAUAUUCGGCGCCACAUUUGUCGCAUCAAUCGGCGCCAUCCAACCCACACCGUCAAGCAGUCCUCCCUCGAUAAGCUGAUAUAUUGCGUACAAUCACAGUGCAUUUCCAGCUAAAAUUUGUGGCUUGCCUUCCGCAGUGUCAUCGCCAUUCGUUUAAUAUCGGAAACUUUUUGCCUGGUGAUUUGGUUUUAAUAAGUUUUUGUGCUAAAAAGUAAAAACCUUCCUUAUGAUCGGAUCAUUUUGGAAUUUGUGUAGAGCGUGCCCAUCAAUGCCGGUCGACAAGCAGCUCCAUUCGGAGUAUCGGAGCACUUAUCGCUGGCAUGAGUUCACAGGCAAUUCGCGGCCAGAAGUGGUGCGUCGCGCGCCAGCGCCCAAUCCAAGUCAAUUUAUCGCCUCAUUAACAGGUCCAACGAAUGAGCCACCAUUACCAAGGCGGAAAAAAUGUCCAGAAUUGGCGUACAAGUCGCACGAAUUUAUAAUUGGCUCGGAGUAUACAGAUGCGAGAGGUGGACAUGCCGGAGCCAAUCGAUUAGCAAGGUCUGAGGAACGCGGUGGUACACCAUCACGCAGGAGUAAAUCAGAGGGACCGCCAGCUGUGCCCAAUGGACGUGCAUAUGCCAUACCAGAGGAAGUUGAUGGAACGGCAAAAAAACAGGCGGGUGAGUCAAGUGGCCUAUUCAAAAAGACCAUAUCAAAAUUGAGCACAGAAUAUCGUUUGCAAUUCGUUUGGCCCAAUGUCCGACGAAUAAAGGGCAUUGAGGCCGGCGAUGCGGCGGAUUACCCCAGAAAAUCAAUAUCUAUGGGGGCGCUCAAAGCUAGUCAACAACAACAGCAACAGCAGCAACAACUGCAUCUCAGGCAACACCCACAACCGGCGAUGCCAACAGUUCAUAAAAAACGUACAACAAAUCAGAAAGAAGCUACACUACAUGAGUUGGAGCCGCUGGUUAGCGAUGCAGAAGAAAGCAAACCACAAGAAAAACAAGUGACCAUUGUGGAGAAGGUUGAACGAAAAACGACCAUAAGACCAUUCUCGCAGACUUUCGAUCAGGAGCGCGCCAAUCACUUCAUCACCAAGAAGGAGAAUUUCGGCUUUGAUGAGAUUAAGAGCGGCAAGGUCGGCGAUGAAGUGGACAACAAGCAGCAGCCGGAAAAGGAAGUGCUUUUGAACGGCACUGCACCGCCACGUUCGCAGCCGAACUUGGACUUGUGGUUCAAGGAAGUGGUCGAGUUGCGAAAGAAGGCUGGCGAGUAUAAGUGUCGCGGCUGGGGUAUAGAAAUCGAUCCAGAGCUGUAUAAGAAGCAGAAGGAUCUUUGGGAGCAGGUUUCCAAGCGCAGUUCACUGUCCGCCUUAUCAUUAGCAUCUUCCGUGCACAGACCUAUUACUAAGGAGGAGAAGGAGCAGGAGAAUAAUAAAAAAUCUGUACCAUUAAGUAAAGCCACACAAAAAACUCGAGUUCCUGGCCAUGCCCAUAUGCUUGAUAAUAAAGAUGAGAUUUCCGCACUGCCAGCUCGUUUUAGCAAUAUACGUCAUCAUUUGGAGCGCACCACUGGUCCUGAUGUUGAGGAGGGUGCACUCUUGCCAUCGCCAACACGCGAAAAGUUAAUGCCGGCUAUUACCAAACGUGAGUCAGAAUCACAACGUGGCAGCCCCAAAAAGACGGCCGCCUCACGACAUGGCUCACCCCAGAAGGGUAGUCCACAGAAGGGCAGUCCAAAGAAGGUGAUCAAAUCGCGUUCACAAUCCGUUGGUCCGGCUGAGCAUGUCUCGCCAAAACGUCAAUUACGUUCAGCCAGUACAGCGCCUAGCGCCCGGCUGACAGCUGGCAAGAAGACACCCACAGUAUCCCAUCAUACGUCAGCAACAACAGCAACAACAGGAACAGUCGAACGUAAGGCCAGACCAUACGAUGCCGAAGAUGGACGUGACACGGCAAUUUCAGUAUCGAGUUGCAGCCCUCAGCCGGUGCCCGAAAUUCCGGAUGAGCCUAUUGUUAAGUCGCCACCAGAGCCUACACGCGUUAAAUCGCCAGAACAAAUAUUGAUGCGUUCACCGGAUCCGGUCAACUGGACUGUGCCAUUGGAUACAGGGAAAACAUUUACUGUUACACAGAAUGUGAAAGAAGGUGAAAGCUAUAGUAGACCACAGAGUGAAAUAAAAGCUUCGACCCCGGUUGAGAAGCCACCACCACCACCACAAUCGGCACCGCCACAAUUAACCGAACAGGCUAAAAUGGACGGUAAGCCUUAAAGUCGCUUCUUCACCACAAAUAAUGAAAAUUCAAAAAAAUGCUAGCCAACUUAAGCAAAACAAAAACAAAAUAUCUAUCUUAUAUAUUAGAUAUAUACAUACUUAUAUAUAUUAAUUAUAUAUUUAUGAUAUAUAUACCGUAUCGCAUAAGAAAUCCAUAUCAAACUCAGACCAGCUUCUUCAAAUAUUCGUACUUAUUCGCUAUUCAUCAUUACAUUGCGCCAAUAGUCAAGUAAUUUAUAUACAUCUAUAUGCAUACUACAUAGCACAUAACAUACAUACAUAAGUAU